AUGAACGAUUUGGGUGAUAUGAAUCUAGAAGAAGAGAUGAUCCAUAUCGUGGAGAUACCGGCGGCGGCAGGGGAUGCAACCCUCUCGGCUUUUCUCGGACUGACAACGCUAGCGGGUCAUCCGUUGGAUGCUGUCGAUGAGCCCGCAUUGAUCAUGAAAAAGAACUCAAUUUUCAAAGUACUUCACCGAGGAUUUGGCAUCCGACGAAGUGUGUACAUGGUGGAUGAGACGCAUUACUGCCAAGUCGACGGCCCGGAGCGACAUGUUUGGAUUAUUUAUGAACGGCUACCGCGGUUGGAAAAGGUCAAAAGUACAGGAACUGCGAUUUUAUUCGAGCUGGAACGGCAUUGCUGCCGAGUGGGUCGAUAG